AUGAAAGCCCUCGCUAUUGGACUCCUUCUCCUCAUAUCCAUCCAUGAUGUAUCUUCUGAAGUCGUUCCGGUGAAAGACAAGGAUAAAAGAAAAGUGAUUUCCGACGUAAACGGAUGGCGUUAUGACGAAGCGAAAAGAAACAUGGAGCCCCGACUUGGAGAAGGUAGUGGAUUGAAUUGUGAGACUGUGAAAGAUGAAUUGAAAGAACCCAACUCAUAUUACGCGUUCCCGGUCAAACAAAGAAUCGAAUUGGCUUCAUACUUCCGUCCCGUGAGAGUAAAUGCUUCAACUAUUUGUAGUAAUCGCUGCCUCACUCUCCUGAAUCCAAUCCAGACGAGCUUUGCGUGUGUUGGUUUGAGACCACCUGGCUGUGGUGAUGUUGAAGCGAUUUGUGCGAUUGGACCGAAUGGACAUCUUAAAAAAGAAGGAAAUGAUAUACCGUAA